AUGGCGGCGGUGCAGCUCCUGUUCAGCGUCGGCUACGUCUUCCUGCUCGACCUCCAGUCUGUGUUUGCUGCUCUGGUCGUGUUGGACGUCAUGAUCCCUCUGUGGGCCAUGAUGCUGGAGCUGCCCGCAGACGCCAGGCAGCUGGUGGCCGUCUUCUCCGGCCUGGCGCUGGCCCUCAACACGGGGGUCUGUCUGGCCAUGAGGCUGAAGUGGUUCUACUACUCGUGUCGGUACGUCUACCUGCUGGUACGACACAUGUACCGGAUUUACGGACUCCAACUGCUGCUAGAGGACACGUGGAAAAGGAUCCGCUUCCCCGACGUCCUCCGGGUGUUCUGGCUGACCCGGAUCACUACCCAGGCUCUGAUUCUGGUCUAUGUGGUGCGAGCAGUAAGAGAAGAGAGCGGGGAUGCCACGGGGGGGGCCGCAGACGGCAGCUCUGAUCCACAGGGUUACCUGUUGAGCUGGGAUGUUUUCUGGGAUCUGACCAGCAACCUGAUCAUCUCUGGUUGUGAUUCCACGCUCACCGUGUUGGGAAUGAGCGCCGUCAUCUCCUCGGUGGCGCAUUACCUGGGCCUCAGCAUCCUGGCUUUUAUAGGUUCAACUGAGGAAGAGGAUAAGCGUUUAGGCUUCGUGGCACCUGUUCUGUUCUUCAUCCUGGCCCUGCAGACGGGCCUCAGCAGCCUGAAUCCAGAGGAGCGUCUGGUGCGCCUGAGCCGGAACAUGUGCCUUCUGCUGACUGCCAUUCUGCACUUUAUUCACGGCAUGACCGACCCCGUCCUGAUGUCGCUCAGCGCCUCCCACGUGUCGUCCUUUCGGCGCCAUUUCCCCGUUCUGGUGGUGUCGCUGGCGCUCUUCGUGCUCCCCGUGGCGCUCAGCUACACCCUCUGGCACAACAACGUCCUCAACACUUGGCUCUUCGCCGUCACUGCCUUCUGUGUCGAGCUCUGCCUCAAGGUGCUGGUGUCCCUGACGGUCUAUGGCCUCUUCAUGGCUGAUGGAUUCUCCAACGUCCUGUGGGAAAAGCUGGACGACUACGUCUACUACGUGCGCUCCACCGGCAACAUCAUCGAGUUCCUGUUCGGCGUCAUCAUGUUCGGAAACGGCGCCUACACCAUGAUGUUCGAGGCGGGCAGCAAGAUCCGCGCCUGCAUGAUGUGCCUGCACGCCUACUUCAACAUCUACCUGCAGGCCAAGAACGGCUGGAAGACCUUCAUCAACCGCCGCACCGCCGUCAAGAAGAUCAACUCGCUGCCGGAGCUGCGCGGCUAUCAACUGAUGGACAUCGAGGACGUGUGCGCCAUCUGUUACCAGGAGUUUGUGAGCUCGGCGCGCAUCACGCCGUGCCACCACUACUUCCACGCGCUGUGCCUGAGGAAGUGGCUGUACAUCCAGGACACGUGUCCCAUGUGCCACCAGAGGGUCUACGUGGAGGACGAGGGCCGGGACAGAGCUGCCUUUUCCAACAACAACGGGGGCUACGCGGCGCCGCAGGACGCCGCCGCCGCCGCAGGCCCACCUGCAGCAGGGGCGAACCAGCAGGAACAGCCGUUGGGCGAGCUGCUGGCCAACGGAGCGGCCGGCGGGAUUCACGUGGCCAGAGGGGCGGAGCAGCUGGACAACGAGCUGCUGGAGGACAACGACAGCAUAGAGUACGACGAAGAAGAGUGGGGCACGCAGAACGGACGGACACCAAUAGAAGAAGACUAUAUCAACGACGACACAGACUCCACAGAGGAGUGA